CUUCUUCCUUACUGCUCCUCUACAGAUCGAAGCAACUACCACUCUCAGAUCACAUCAUCGGUCGCAGCCGCAGCUAGCUCGAUCUGCUCACCCAUGGCGUCCUCGAACAAGCACUGGCCGAGCAUGUUCAGGUCCAACCCUGCUGCCUGCGACUUCCACCACCAGCCUGACAUGAGCAACACCCACACCAGACCCUCCUUGAUCUCCUCAGGGCUUGACCAGGAGACCACAAGGAGCCCGGGGGAGACGAAGCCGCGGUGGAACCCCCGGCCGGAGCAGAUCAGGAUCCUGGAGGGGAUCUUCAACUCCGGCGUCGUCAACCCUCCGCGCGACGAGAUCCGCCGCAUCCGCCUCCGUCUGCAGGAGUACGGCCACGUCGCCGACGCCAACGUCUUCUACUGGUUCCAGAACCGCAAGUCUCGCACCAAGAACAAGCUCCGCGCCGCCGCGGCCGCAGCCGCUGCCCAGGGCCAACAGCCUACCGGCGGCCGCGCCGCCGUGAUGCGCGCGUCCCUAGCGGUGAGGACGCCUGCGCCGGCUCCCGUGACGCCGCCGAGGCGUUUCCUCGCGCCGUCCGGCACGCUCCAGGCGCCGACAUCCUCGUCGUCAUCCUCCUCCGACCGCUCCUCCGGAUCCAGCAGGUCGGUGACCAUGAAGACAACGGCCAUGGCGUCUGCUGCGGCAGCCUCCUUGUCCCAGCCGAUGCUGCCGCUGUCGACGACCGCCGCCAUCGACCUGUUCGCCCCGGCACCACCACUGACACCGUCGCCUGCGCUCUCCACGUGCCAGCUCUACUACCAGCUGCAGAACCAUCCCAUGACGUCGAUGCCGACGCCGACACUGGCGUGCGAGCUGGUAACCUCCGCCCCCGAGCCGCCGCCGCACCUCCUGCAGUGGCCGCCGCAGAGCCAGAGCCAGUACCUGCCGGCCACCGAGCUCGGCGGCUUCCUCGGCUCGCAUGCCCACACGCAACCGACGGCGGUCUCCCCUGGCGCGCUCCUCCUGCCUGGCCUCUGCACCGACUCGGCGUUAGGGCAGCACGAGAUCGUGGACGACAUGAGCUGCUCCAAGCCGGGUCUCGGCGUCGGCGGCCAGUACCACUUCAACGUCGCGGCGGAUCCACCCUCCGACGCGGUGAGCGCCGUGAUUAAGGACGACGAGAAGGUCAGGCUGGGGUUUCUGCACCACUACGGCCUCGGCGCCACCGCCGGCGCGGACGUCAGUGCGGCCGCCCUCCCAUGCAUUCCGCCUACCGGCAACGCCGCCGCAAGCUCUGCACCCACCGAUCAGCUGCAAGGGACACUUCCAUGUCAAGGAUAG